GUUUUCUCGCGUCGAACUGCGCGUGUGCAGACCGUCAACUCAAAGGCACUUCUUCGAUAUAGUGGUUUUUGACGAGGUUUGUGUAAUAACAUGUUCAACUACUUAAAACAUUGACUCGAAUCUACCUUGUGCCUUUAGAUUUCGAGAAAAUUAACAACUAAGGAAUACUUUUUCACUUCUUUCUAUUGACUUCUCCAACCCCAAACCCCGGCCUGGUCUACUUAGUCUGCUUCUCAAGCGUUCCCGAAAGUCUUGCGAGGUUGCGUCUCUGGGUCUAGAAACUCUGUGUCCAUACCUUGGUCCACACACCGUGACGCAAGGUGACGUUCGAUUGCACCGACGUCAAACGUUGCCCCUCGCCAUGCAUAUUAAGUUUAUUGUUGUUGGACUGGUUGUUAUGACUGGACAAGGCCUCGGAUUAAAUUAGGAGAGAACCCGCCGUCGCUGCCACGGUAGACCUGCCAAUGGAGGGCAUGGACCUGGACCCGGAGCUCAUGCAGAAAUUCAACUGCAUGGGCACCACUGACAAGGAUGUCCUCAUCUCAGAGUUCCAAAGACUGCUGGGGUUCCAACUCAACCCGGCAGGAUGCGCCUUCUUCCUUGACAUGACCAACUGGAAUCUACAGGCAGCCAUCGGUGCAUAUUAUGACGUUGAGAGUCCCAGCAUCAACACACCAUUCAUGUCCUUUUUGGAGGAUGUGACAAUUGGUGAGGGAGAGUCUGUUCCCCCCGACACACCGUUUACAAAGACCUGGAGGAUACAGAACACAGGUGCAGAGUCCUGGCCACCCGGGGUAUGUCUGAAGUACAUUGGAGGGGACCAGUUUGGCCACGUCAACAUGGUGAUGGUGCGCUGUCUAGACCCCCAGGAGAUCUCAGACGUCAGUGUGCAGAUGCACAGCCCCCUGGCACCCGGCAUGUACCAGGGUCAAUGGAGGAUGUGCACAGCCACAGGACUGUUUUACGGAGACGUGAUCUGGGUGAUCCUCAGCGUAGAGGUGGGGGGCCUUUUGGGCGUGACACAGCAGCUGUCCUCCUUCGAGACAGAGUUCAACACCCAGCCGCACCGCAACGUGGAGGGAGACUUCAACCCCUUUGCCUCGCCACAGAAGAGCAAACACAACGCCGGAGACCGCAACAACUUCAAAGACCCUGGAGGAGCCUGGGAGGGCAUGCAGGACGCCAUCCAGCAAGAUCAAAACGGACUGUCUCACAAUGCUGUAAAUAGAGCAUCGAAUGGGCUCCAAAACAAUCUAUCAGUAGUGACUUACAGUCAGGGUAUUCAUGGCCCCUAUCCGUUUGGCCAGAGUUAGAAAGAUGGAGAUCCAGGCCAGGUGUUGCUGAACAGACAUGGGUAUGUUGAUGCUGACCUGCAGGCAGGGGCACUGGAGAGAGGAGGGACACAUAUUUGAUACAGACUCCAGACAACCCUCUUCCUUGCCCCAAUCCACAAGCUGCAUUGAGAAGAAGGACGCUACUAUCCCAGUGAAUGGCCCCUUACCAACAUCAUCAGCACCUUCCCGAGAUCUGCAUGUGUAAAUGCUACAUAAAGAGUGCUAUAAAUCCUAAAAAAAGAUAUCAUACUACUACACAACAGUUUUUUUUAGUUUUCUUUCUUAUUUUGAGCUGACAACUCACCUCAGUGGACUGACUGCUGGAUGAGCAAAGGGAUGGAUGUGUGUGAGCUUGAGCAAAUGAAACGUGUGAGUGGAAAAAGCCAUCUAAAACUAUUUUGCCUGUUGAGCGAUUGUAGGUUUAAAUUCAAUGUCUGCGUAUACUGCAGUGUGUGCGUAUGUAUGUGUAUGGUUUCCUUUUGGAUUUUACUAAACAUGAAAUGGUGGAUACUACUUCGGUAAGGAAGUUGUGGUGACCUAUGUACACAUCUAAAUAGAUUAAACUAAAUAUAAUACUCAUUCUAAAACAAUUCCUCCACUGAUGUUUCAGAAUUUAGGAUACAGGCCUGUGAAUGAGUAGCGCCGUAAAUAAGGCUUUGCUGUACUGUUCUAACACAGAGAUGCAUCAUUCAGUGGCAAUUGCUUGUUCUUUAGAGCCAGCAGAUGGUGCUAUAAAUGAAACUACCAAACCAAAUUGGCUCUGACACUUCACACUUCACGACGGACAACGUCAUAGAAAAAUAGACUUAGCUCUACCCCAUCAUGGGGAGGGCUAUCUAAAUUCUGGGUUUGUUUCCGCAGUUGUUUCUGCAGUUUGCAUGAUGCCACUUCAGAUGUUUGCAAGUAGUGAUUCGAUAUGGUGUCUGGAGAUAGAGUUCAUAUUAAUUAAUUAAUUUAAUUAAUGAAUAUGCCAUUUAGCAGACGCUUUUAUCCAAAGCGACUUACAGUCAUGCGUGCAUACAUGUGUUUUUUUAUAUUAUCUCCUUGUUUUAUAGUUUUCUUCCAAACUUGUACACAACAUUGAGUCCCGUUUUGAUUUGUCAAAUUAAGCAACUUUGGUUCUACAUACAUUCAAAAGGACACAGUUUCAACCCUGAAAUUCCAUUGUACUCUGCAUAAAGUGGAGUGCUGUAUACGAGGUUUAGUUAUGUUAAUCAUUGUUUACAAAUAUCAACCAAAUGAAGUUAACAUCGUGUUCCGCAAUUUGUUUGCCCUUUGGAAUGUUGUCGUUUUCAACUCUCUUUCUGUCGCCGCCUUCAAGCAAUCGUGAUUUGUCUGCUUCCAAUGUUCCACCAGGUUGAGGGGGGGAAAAGAAAUGAGUGACAAUUGUUAUUCAUCGACUAAAGAUCUUUUAGAUGCCCGUACAAUAGUAUUUUAUGGUUCAUUCUGAUGGAAAGUAUGUUUUCUUGUGGGCAUGGUGUUUUGACACCAGCCUUUCACAUUUCUGUAUUUGUCAAGGUCAUACUGUUAGUCCUCCCAAACAGUUUAUUUUUAAUUUUUUUUGCUCGCUUUUUUAAUCAUCAGAAUCCUUGCUGUCUGCUUUGCAUUUGUGUGUUCGAUGGGGAGAGAGAGAGUUGAAUUAUUAGCAUUCUUUUAUUUUCUAUUUUUUUUAAGCAGUGUGGCAUGGUGAGUGGAUGAGUGGAGAGUUUGCAUAGUCUUAUGAUAGAACAUUUAUUAGAAGAUAAUGUAAAAUUAAAGCAUUUUUCCUGUAUGUAUAAAUUAAAGAUUUGUAUGAUUAAAUUAA